CGAAGAAGCCUCCCCCUCCCCAGGUGGUAGUGAGGGAGGAGGGGCCAUCCCACCCAACUGGCCUCCACCUAUUCCCACACACCCACCUGACCACACCAUCCCUCCCUUACCUACUCACCCACCCAGCCCGGGAUAUCCUAUGGAGGAGGCUACCACUUCCACUAAGAAACCCAUCACAACCAAGAAACCUAAGCCAAAACCCACUCCUCCCAAGCCUACUCCACCCAAACCUACCCCACCAUCUAACUGGCCCCCUCCCAUUCCUACACAUCCCCCCACCUCCCAGCCUUGGCCUCCCACUCUGGCACCUCCUCCUAAACCACCCAAACCUACCAAGCCACCCAUGUACCCCACACAACCAACCCUACCCACUGCACCCACUCCUGCUCAACCUUCUCCUGUAUUUGACAACUCCUGUGGCGCUAAAAACGGUUACCAGGACCAGGAGAGGAUUGUAGGAGGGCAGAAUGCCGAUCCAAAUGAAUGGCCUUGGAUUGCAGCUCUGUUCAACAGUGGACGACAGUUCUGUGGAGGCUCUCUGAUAGACCAGACCCAUAUCCUGACUGCAGCUCAUUGUGUUGCUCACAUGACAUCUUGGGAUGUAGCCAGACUGACAGUAAGACUCGGGGACCACAACAUCAAGACUAGCACAGAAGUGAAGCAUGUUGAGAAGAGAGUCAAAAGAGUUGUCAGGCACAAGAACUUCGACAUGAGAACACUGUAUAAUGACAUAGCCAUCUUGACGCUAGACUCUCCAGUAACAUUCUCACAGACGAUACGCAGCGUUUGUCUGCCGCAAGGUUCGCAGGCACGGUUUGAGGGCAUCACUGCCACUGUUAUCGGCUGGGGCAGUCUGCGGGAGAAUGGGCCUCAACCAGCUGUGCUGCAAGAGGUCAACAUUCCCGUGUGGACCAACACAGAGUGCCGUCUUAAAUAUGGUAACGCCGCACCGGGUGGCAUCGUUGAGCACUUUUUGUGUGCUGGGCGAGCCACCAAGGACUCUUGUAGUGGUGACAGUGGGGGGCCUCUGAUGGUCAACACGGGAGGCAAGUGGACCCAAGUGGGGAUAGUCAGUUGGGGCAUCGGCUGUGGCAAAGGUCAAUACCCUGGUGUGUACACUCGCGUCACUCACUUCAUGAACUGGAUCAACAAGAAUCUCAAAUGAGCACCACACUAGUCAGUCAGGGUCCAAUUUCUGUAUUGGUGAAACUAAUUUUCAACACAAAAUUUCAAGAGUUAAAAACUUCUAUAAAAUGAAUAGUUAGAAAGGAGCCUUUCAAAUUUGGCACAAAAUUAUUGUAAGACAACUCCUUUAAAAUUUUCAAAAAUUGUAUGAACCACUAAGAAAAAUAACAGAUCAAUCCUGUAUAUAAAAAAUAUGCAUAUUAUUAGUUAAAAAUUUUAAACUUUGUUUAACUUUUCAACUUACUAAAAAGUCAUGGCCUUAUUUUAAAUGUCAUUAUUUAAAGUAGUGGAAUUAUUAAUAGGAACUAUGGUUAGUAAAAUGUAUAGGAAGGGUAAUCAAAAACACAAUCAUUAAAAAAAAACAAAAUAAAAAUAAUCUAUUUGUGUGAAUGAAGUAACUGGAAUUACUGCCAAAUAACAAACAAUUACUGCAAACUCAAGUUUACGCUGAGGUAUUGUAUUCAGGUCCAGUCCAGCUACAAGCAACAGUCAAGAGACUAGGCUAAGGUUAUCAUGACAAGGAUUCUUUUUCUUUUUCCACAAUUGUAAUUACAGGAGUUUAUUUCCAGAAAAAGAAUAAUGAUAAUAACUGAUUUUAUAAUAUCAGGAUAGAGAAUCUGGAUUAUAAAACGUUUAAUAGAAAUAAAUGUUAUACGAUUAUGCAUUUUAAUGACUUUUCUGACUCUUGUAAUAACAUUUUACACUAUUAAAAAAUGUAUAAUAAACAUAUAAGUUAAAAACUAUAUUUAAUAUUGGAACAGUGCCAUAUUAUUCCAACAAAAGUGAAAUAAUUGUAGGACUCUGAUGAGACUUUUUGACAAUCGAUAGUGAUAGUGUAACAGUGAUACUGGUGAUGUCACAGUGAUUUCAGUGCCAACUCGACUAUAGAUCUACACCUGUCCUGUAUAGCUUAGCUUUAGAUACCAUCCAAGGACGUAGCCAGCGAGGGGGUCCAAAGGGUCCGGACCUCCCAAUUAUUAAUUUUUUCAAUUACUUUUUUAGUAAACAAUUAUUAUUAUUUAAAUAAUUCAGUAUUACUGACACGUACUGCUGAAAAAUCGUUCUCAACAAAGAAACGGGUUAAGAACUUUUUAAAGAACAAAAUGGGGCCUUACUCUCUGUCCAGUACAGGGAAAUAGCAGUUGUCUGGACCCUUCCCCAAAAAUUAUUUCCUGGCUACGUAACUGAUACCAUCCUGUCUUGUCUUGUAAACAAAACUUUCCUCUGAUCCUAAAUAAAUUUUUAAGUUAUUA